AUGACGCUAGUGGCUCCAGCCCAGCAGUCCCAAGAGGGGAAGCUAGGCCAGGCCUCGACCCAGUCGGCGCCAGCUGCACCAGAGGUGGUGAUCGAGCUAUCCAAUGAGGAUGAGCUGAAAGACUCAGGCCCACUGGUGGGUCCUGUUCCCAUCGCUCCGGCCUCCACCGCCGCAACUGCCUCCGUCGCCUCCACCGCCCUCGACAUCCCUGGCCCCUCUGCUCCUUGCACCGCUGGCUCGCCAGACACGAGCCACGAUGAGGAGAUCGCGAGGAAGCUCUUUGUUGAGCUAAAUCGUGAGGCCAUCAGCAUCCUAGGAGACAACGACCUAGUGAUCCUCAGCAGCGACAGUGAGGAAGAGGUCACCGAGGAGGAGGACGCCGAUGAGGAGGAGGAGGAGAACGAGCCCGCGGGUGGUGGGUCACCGUCGAGGAGCUAG